AUGCCCUUCCAGGAUGUCGUCCGCGCCCUCUACGACUAUCCUGCGCAGUCGGACGAAGAGUUGGACAUCAAGGAGGGUGAUCUCCUGCUGGUGCUAGAGAAGAGCAGCGAGGACGACUGGUGGAAGUGCAAGAAGAAAGCAACUUCGGAGGAUGAAGAUGAGCCCGAGGGCUUGGUGCCCAACAACUAUGUCGAGCCCGUCAAGCCAGCAUACCAGGCCAAGGCACUGUACGACUACUCGCAACAGACGGAGGAGGAGCUGAGCUUUGCCGAAGGUGCUCAGCUACAUGUAUACGACACGAGCGAUCCAGACUGGACGCUGGUGGGCAGCCGUGGCCAGUAUGGUUUUGCGCCAGCCAUCUAUCUCGAGCGUAUUUCAUCCACGGCAGCGGCAGCAUCAGCACCAGCAGCUCGUCAGCUGGCACCCCCACCACCAAGCCUGCCGUCACGACCGCCGGAGGACCAUGGGCCCAUCCCGGGCGAGGAGGACUACCCAGCACCCGGCUCGCAGUCGGCAUACUCUCCUGAGCCUGCCGCAAGUAAUCCGGCAGCGCAGAUCGCUGGCUUGAUUGCGCAAAGGACAGGAGGAGCUGCUGCCUCAAACAGCGCCGACCGCGCAAUCGCCUCUCCGCCAUUGCCCACACGUCCGCAGUACACUCCCGAAGAAAGCGACGACGAACCCGCUCCGUCUCUGCCACGAAGACCUCCAUCGCAGCACGGGCCCGCCUCGCCAUCUUCUGUGCAGCCCCGGUAUGCUUCUCCGCGCUCGCCGGAGCCACCAGAUGAUGCACUGCGCUCGCCUGGUGGCUUCCACCUGUACAACGUUCACGAGAUGAUCUCGCACAUGGGCAAGAACAAGAAGAUGCCCACCACGCUAGGCAUCAAUUUAGCAAAGGGCAUAAUCAUGAUCAGCCCAGAGAAAAGCAAAGAUGGCCCGAGCAAAGAGUGGACCGCGGAAAAGUUGGCGCAUUACAGCAUUGAAGGGAAGCACGUAUUUGUGGAGCUUGUACGUCCGAGUAAGAGCAUAGAUUUUCAUGCGGGGGCCAAAGACACAGCACAGGAAAUCGUCUCUGCUCUGGGUGAGCUUGCGGGAGCAGUGAGGCAAGAAGGCUUGAGAGAGGUACUGGCAGCAAGUGCAGGAUCAGGCGCAGGAGGCAUGAAAAAGGGACAGAUGCUUUAUGAAUUUAUGGCACAGGGGGACGACGAGGUUACUGUGGCUGCUGGAGACGAGGUGAUUAUUCUGGACGAUUCAAAGAGCGAGGAAUGGUGGAUGGUGAGGCGCAUGAAAAACGGCAAGGAAGGUGUAGUGCCUUCUUCAUACGUUGAGAUCACUGGAACCAUACCACACGGAUCUGAAAGCAUCACGGGCUUGGAUGCUGCACGAAGCACCGUUGAGCAGAACAGGCUUGAGGAGCAGCGAUUAGCAAAAGAAGCCGCAAGAGACAGGAAGCGUGAUGGAGAAGUUGGACCUGGCGUAGCUCUGCCGGAACGGCAUAGCAGUUUGGCUGGUGAUACGCGACGCACGUCUAUGCGCAAGUCCGAUAAACGAAGUUCAAAGGACCAGCCUAAGAGCAAGCCUAACGAAUCUAGGGUCAGGACAUGGACAGAUCGAAGCGGCACCUUCAAGGUCGAGGCCGAGUUCAUCGGGCUCAGAGAAGGCAAGAUCCAUUUGCACAAGCUGAACGGAGUUAAGAUUGCUGUCCCAGUUGCGAAGAUGGCUGUUGAGGACUUGGAAUACGUUGAGCGGGCCACUGGUGCGAGCCUCGAUGAAGACAAGCCACUCUCCGACAUCAAGCGCAGGAACACGCAGAGACAGAAAGACAAGGAACGCGCGAAUGGUACUCGAGGUGCCGGUGCUAGCGUUCAGAAGGAUGAAUACGACUGGUUCGACUUCUUCUUGCAGUGCAAUAUUGACCCUCAUGUCUGCCAGCGUUACGCCCAGUCUUUCUCGAGAGACAAUAUGGGUCCUGAAAUUCUGCCCGAAAUCGACAGGCAACUCUUGCGAACACUUGGUCUGAAGGAAGGUGACAUCCUGAGGGUCAUGAAAUUCCUCGAUAACAAGUAUGGACGGACACCAGCCAACCAAGAUGGCGAAGCCAAUGGCACCGAAGGAGGUCUAUUCGCAGGCCCUGGAGGUGUUCUGAAGAACAACACUCGGAAAGGCAGACCUGCUCCGCCCGUGCAAACCAACGAUGUGGUCGAUGAAAACGCAUUCAAGCAAGGCGGGAGUCCCGCACCCAAAUCGCCCGCGCCAGAUGCAAAGGCCACACCACUCACAUCUGCACCUGCUAGGCAAGCGACAGGUGGAUUUGACGACGAUGCUUGGGAUGUCAAACCUGCGAGGUCGCAGACGCCUACGACGGCUGCCGCUCCAGCAGCUACACCAUCACCUGCUCGAGCUCCGUCGCCACCAAAGCCGCUCAUCAAUGAUGACAUCGCAUCGCUGUCAAUUUCUGCACCACCUCUGCAGCCAACCCCUGCAGCUCAGCCUCCGCCUCCAGCGCCUGUUGCGGCGCCUGUUCAGUCUCCGCCUCCAGCUCAACCCCAGCAACCACAGGGCGCGAACCAAGCUAUCUUCGACAAGAUUGCUGCUCUGGCACCUGCGGCACGACAACAGCAAUCGCAGCCUGCCGGACAGAGGCCGGCGCCUCCCGCACAGCAAGGCACUCUCGGUCUGCUAGGUCUGCCACCUCCUCCACGUGCAGCUUCCGCUCCUGGUUUCCCGCCACAACAACAGUCUUCAUUUUCUCCGCCCCCUCUGCAGCCACAGUUGACAGGCUAUCAACCUCAACUGGCUCCACCAGGCCAGAGCAUGGCGGCUCUGCAGCAACAACAGCAGUAUCAACAGCUGCAGCCUCAGCAAACAGCAUACCAGCCACAGCAGGGCUAUGGACAGGGCUACCAGCAGCAGCUCGUCAAUGGAGUGCAGACUGGAUCGCCUUUUGCUGAUCCACCACGAGGACAGUUUCAAGCUACGCCGUCUGGUCUCUCGAAUUCGUUCACAGCACAGCAGCCUGGCUUCCAAGCUACCACCUUCAACAUCUCACAGCCUACUGGCAUGAAUGGAUUCGGUGCUCAAGCAACGCAGGCGCAGGCGCAACCGCAGCUGGCACCUCAGCUGCCACCUCAGCAGACUGGAGGAGUAUUCGGACCUUCACAACCUUUGCAAGCGCCGGUCGCUGCGCCAUUGAUUCCUCAAAAGACCGGGCCUCCACCAGCAGUGAGAUUCGGGGUUCAGCGCGGGGCAAAAGCUUUGAUGCCGCAGCCGACCGGCAGAGCGAAUCUUUCGAAAGCGACGCCGCAAAAUCCAUUUGGCUUCUGA